UGUUCCCUCUCUGAUCAACCUGCGCCUAAAUUACAAUGGCCCCACUUCCAAUCGGACGGGGAAAAGAAAUGCGCGAGAGGAAUAUUAAGAUGGGAAAAUUAGAGGGAAAGCUCUCUAAAGAUGCCGGAGGAGACGACGGCGAUAGAUUACGUGAUGGAGAAGGCCUCGGGACCGCACUUCUCUGGCCUCCGCUCUCCCACAGCCACCUCCGCUUCCAGGCAGCCCUUCGUCAUCGGAGUUUCAGGAGGUACAACUUCUGGUAAAACCACUGUAUGUGACAUGAUCAUCCAACAACUUCAUGAUCAUCGUGUUGUAUUUGUCAGUCAGGAUUCCUUCUACCGUGGUUUAACUCCUGAAGAAUCAAAAUGUGUGCAUGAGUAUAAUUUUGAUCAUCCUGAUGCUUUUGACACCGAGCAGUUGUUAGAUUGUAUUCAGAAGCUCAAGAGUGGGCAAUCUUACCAAGUUCCCAUCUAUGAUUUUAAGAACCAUCAUCGGUGCUCGGAUAGUUUCCGUCAGUAUGCAAAGUCUGUCAAACCUGCAUUUGAUGAUUUUGUUCUGCCAUCCAAGAAGUAUGCUGAUGUGAUCAUUCCCCAGGGAGGUGAUAAUCAUGUUGCCAUUGACUUGAUUGUUCAACAUAUCCGCACUAAGCUUGGUCAGCAUGACCUCUGCAAAAUAUAUCCGAAUGUCACUGUGAUUCAGUCAACAUUUCAGAUAAGAGGGAUGCAUACUCUGAUCCGAGAUCGGGAGAUUUCAAAGCAUGACUUUGUCUUCUAUUCUGAUCGACUUAUUCGUCUGGUUGUAGAGCAUGGCCUUGGACAUCUGCCAUUCACUGAAAAACAAGUAGUUACACCAACAGGUAUGUAUGGGAGAAAGAAAAGUGAGGUUUGAGCUCUUUUGAAAUUCAGUCAGUUUUUUAAACAAUGACUGAUUUAGGGAGUAUGCAAAUGGAAACUGAAGGAAACUAUUUAUUUAAAAUGUUCACUGAUUUAUGCAUGUUUCUUUGUAAAUGUCAUGGGUUUUAGAUUAUUGGUAGUGCUUUUUCAAGC